AUGCCCCACUAUCGGUCAGUCGACAGCGGGUUAAAACUGGCAUCACUGCCAGUAGGCCCCUCUACGAAUUAUGCCGACGUCUCCUCUAUGGACAAACUGACAACUUCUGAACUCAAUCGCUUGAUCACCCACGAAUCACAGAACAAAACUGAUGGCAACGAUAUAGGGCAUUUGUUGCCCUUUAUCUUCAAGUCCUUUGAAACUCCUUUACCCACUGCAGAUACCCUCAGACAUACAGACACAUCACUACUCUACGACCCUACCAUAUCUGCAUGGCCUUUAGCCCUUCCUGUGGAAGGCCAGAGCAUCGAGCAGACAUUCCCUUUGUUCCUUAACUCCCUCAACAAAGCACUUGCCAAAUCCUUCUCGUCAGGCACUGGACACACUCUCCCUCCACUAUGGUAUGGUUCGCACACUACCAAGCCUAUUGGAGAUGACGCUGUUCAGCACAAACCCGAUCUCUGCUUAUCAAACGAGGUGGAGCUGCAAUGGAGCAACAUACUUGUAGUUGCUGAGCUGACCUCCAGCCAAUAUUCUCCUGCGGAGCGUGCCGGGAAGACGCUUGAUACGAAAGCAUGGCUCAUCUUCAGAGAACAGCUGUGGCGGUGCUUCGUGCUCUGUCUCUCCUUCUGCAAUGAGUAUCGUGAACUUCGCGUACACGUAUAUGACCACUCAGGCGGGAUUGUGACCCAACCGGUCAAUAUACAUCAAGAACCUGAUAAAUUCAGGUACAUCAUGGCGUGCAUCGUUUACGGCACUCGUGACUGCAUAGGAUUCGAUUCCACAAUGUCCAUCAACCCAACGCAAUCUAGGUCUGCAGCACUGUGGGACCGGAAUGUGAAGAAUCUUUCACGACGAAAGAAAACAGUCAAAAACCGCUCUGACUCCCACGUGCAACUCGAACCACACUCUAUGGACCCGUACAUUAAAUAUCUCUCACCCUCCUCCGCUACCGAACCACCGCAGACCGAAACUGAGUCACCAUUACCCUCCUCGUCACCUAACAACAACGUGAUAGGAAAGAUGAAAGUCAAUGAACACGAAUAUGACUUAUUGAGGGUCCUCUUCUCCGGUCAAGGACUUGUGGGUCGCGGAACUGUGUGUUACCUGGCUAGGAGGGAUGGUGAAGAGUAUAUCAUCAAGGAUCACUGGGUGAAGAGCUAUGGUGAACGCACGCAAGAAAGUAUGGAUAUUGUCAUGAACGAAGUGGAUAUGCUAGAAGCGAUGAAGAAUGUCCCAGGUGUUCCCAAGCUUGUGGAGUUCUGGCUUGUAAAGGUAACGCCGAAUCAGCCUGACGAUACGCAAAUAUAUCGCCAGAAAAUACACAACAGUACAAUGGGGAUGUAUUGCACACACGUCCAUCUCAUCCUGAAACCCAAGGCGCGUCGUUUACAAGAGUUUCGAAGCAGGAAGGAACUCGUUCGGACAUUACGUGACAUUGCACUGAUUCAGAGGUGUGCAUACGAAGAACACCAUAUUUUGCACAGAGACUGUAGUCUGAACAAUGCCAUGAUAGAAGACAUUGAAGGUGGCGGCAGUCGAGGGGUGUUAAUAGAUUGGGAAUUUGCGGUGCGCAUCACGAAGGACAAUAAGUAUCCCACCGGAGGAACAGGCACGAUUCCCUUCAUGUCAAUUCUUGCCCUGAGCAAGGUAGCCCAGAUUCAAUACACGCAAAGUCAGACGGAAGGAACUCAACUUAAGACGGCCUCGAGCUCCAAACCCAUUCAAAUAGGAACAGUCGAACACACCUACCUUGAUGACCUCGAAUCCCUGUUCUACGUCUUCGCCUGGGUCUGCAUCAUGUUUAAAGGACCUGCUGGUGCAGUGCGCCACCUCAAUGAGGUUGCAGAUCACCCUGGCGGAAAAGUGACACCUUGGUUGCCGCAUGAAUGGAAUGGCUCGCCUUUAGAUGCAAAUGCAUGCGCCUACAAAAAGUUCUUCUUUGUCCAACACACGACGGGGAAAGCACGCUUACAUGAACAAUUCGCUCCCUAUUUCCAGGAUCUCGUCACCCUUGCAGAGGAGUGGUAUGAACUUGUUAAAAAAGGGGAGACGGACACAUACUUCAACGACAUAAUUGCCUUGCUAAGCAAGCACGUCGAUACCCUGGCAGACGAUGAAAAGGACCCUCAAUUUGUACGAGAUCAAAUUGAGUUACAGGAGUCGUUGAAGGGACUGACCGAUAAAUUGAAGCACAUUUCAGAGGAGGAGGAAGACGCAUAG